AUGUCUUCUCCUUCUUCUACUAAACUUGUUCGAGUUUCCUCGUGGAACGUCGCCGCGAUCAACGACAACCCGUUCGAGUAUUACGUGACCAUCGACAGCAGCAACAAAAGCGACGUAAACGACGACGACAUUUCGGAUGAAAAUGGAAACGAUGAUGAUGUGGACGCUUUGAGAAGAAGAAGACAAAGAAGAAAUCAGAAAAACUACGAAAAAACGAUGGAAAAGAUCGACGAGAAGUUGAUCAAAGCGCGCGAGCACGAGGUCAGAGUGAAAGAUAUUCUCUCGAAAGAGAUGUUGCUCGACGUGAAGAGAGAAAUCACGAACAUGAAAAUCGACGAUUCUUGGACGGAACUCGAGUGCGAUUCGGCGAUGGAAUUCUUCGAAAAACACUUCGCGGAGAGGAAAAUUUUGAGCGAUUUUUUACUCGACGGCGACAUUGGCGCGAAACGGUUGUGCUCGAUGCCGGAUCGACUGACGACGAAGAGCGAAAAGGGGAAAUGUCGUCCGUGCGUGACGACGUCGUACGCGGAUGUGAGCGUGUUGAGCGACGACGCGAAAUGGUGGCGAGCGUGGUUGGCGUACGCGUUCGACGAGAAGGACGGCGUCGCGAAGCGGUUGAAGUUUUUAGAUAACAAAAAGUACCCAGCAAUUACGGACGAGGAGGUGAAGAUAUCGAGACCUUUGCAGAUGUUUUGUUUGGCAGCGUUCGAUAAGAGUUUGAUACGGUUGAUUGGCGAGGCGGAUGCGAAUUGGGCGGAGACGAAGAAGAUGUUGGUGGACGCGUUGGUAGAGAGGAAAGUGAACGCGACGAUUGAUAUUUUAGAACGAGUGGCAAAGGAAGGGAGAGAAAUCAUAUGUUUACAGGAAGUGUCGGAACAAAUGCGAGACGGAAUCGCGAAAAGCGAGGUGUUGACGGAGAAAUUUGAUUGUUUAUCCGGUCCGGAUUUCGACGCGACGAGGAAUCAGAAUUCCAUCGUCUUGGCGAGUAAAACGUUUUUCGAAAGCGGCGUGUGGGAAGUCGUCAGCGUAAAUAAAACGAAAUUGCCCGCAGGCGUCGCCAGCGGUGAUUUGUGCGUCGUUCGCGAGGUCAGUUUAGAAGAAAAAAAGGACAAGGACCGAAGGAAACCGUUCGCCAUCGCCUCUUUCCACGGGGACACGAACGGGUUACAAACCGUCGACGUCGUCAAAGCCGUCAACAACGAAUGCGGUGAUAGUUCUGCGCUAAUAUUCGCUCUCGACGCGAACUGCCACCACGAUGAUAACAAAGGCAAACGCCUUUCGGUCGAAACCAUGUACGGCUCCUUGGCCGCGGAAAAUCUCCAAAACUGUUGGGGCGACGAACACGCGCUCUGCCCGACCACCACUUGCAACGCCCGCUCUUUCCUCCAACCGCAAUUAAACAAAGCCGUUUUUUACAAAGAAAAGUUAACGAGCAACCUGGUCGACAGACACCCGAAAGAUCAUCUGUUCGUUUCCUCUGGACAGUUCAAGGUGAAUACGGAAAUGUCCAAACGCGUCAACGACGCUUCCGAGGACGCGUUCCGAUGGGUAGACGACAUGCCUUUCCCGACGCUUUCGUUCCCGAGCGAUCACGCGUUGGUUUCCUUUGAACUAGAGUACAACGACGCAUCUUAG